GUUGCUGCUGCGGGUUGUUGUGUCACAAGGCCAGCUGAUGAACAGGAAGGUUGCGGAGAGCAGACGGGAAAAUCGAAACGAAUGUCAAUGCAAAAGAAAUUAUGAACCUGGUAGAAGUACCUCUGACAAGCCUUAAGAGUGGGAAACUGAAAUACAAACUGCUCAAACCCAGGAAUGCAUCCAAACCUGCACCAAUUUCACCCGGAAGAGGGCCUUUGCAGGACGAAGCUUUAGAAGGCAGCAAAGUUGCAAAAGGGUUUGCCAAUACACCGAAGAAAAUAAACGAUGAAGAGCAGAUAGUGACAGGCUUGGAGUUUCCCCCAAUUAGAACUUGUGAGACAGCAACAGAUGAAAGAUGUGUAGGUAAAGGCGAUUUGACUGGAGAGGUGCAAAAGGCUGGUAAUGUUUCUCAUCAAGAGGGAAGAAUAGGUGCAGGAGGGGCACCUGAGGCUGUGAGGCAAAUAUUAGAAAAUGCAUACGAAGAUGAUAAUGGAGAAGGUCAGGUUUGUCAACUUUUGCAUGAACAAAACACACCACGAAUUUAUUUCAAAAUACCAGAUGCAGCUGCCACAAAGGCUUCAGGUAAAAACCAGUACUGUGUACUGCAAUGUGCAGACAUUUCUGCAGGUGAUCUACGAGUAAUAACAAAAUUUGGUUCCUGGGACUCAAUGGUUGCAAGGAUUCUUAUCGAAUGUGAUGGGCCUAUGCUUCUUUGGAAGCAGAGUAGCCAAAGCGCAAGUGCUGAGGCUUAUAACAAAAAUGUAUGCCCUACUGCAAAAUAUGAGUACCUUAUUUUGAAGUCAUGUAUGGUAAAGGCCACAUUCCCAGUGGAAUAUAUAUCAAUGGUUUGCAAAAUGAUGCAUUUAGUUAAAGUUGAAAAAACAAGAGAGAUUUUGCAAAUAAAGGAUUUGAAGAAGAGUGGGAUUAUUUCAAAGAGAACAAAACUUCCUUCUAAGAUAAGGGAGGGACUACCUGAAUGGGUUAAUUAUAUACCGUAUCAGUGGUAUUCUGCAAAAAUGAGAAGAGCAAUAGAGUAUGCUCUCAUUACCUACACAAUUUUGUCAUUACUUUGGGCAGUAUGGCAGCUUUAUCGACAUGUUGAUUUCAUUCGCUCAUAUUUGAAGCCUAUUGUGCAAUUCAUUGAGCACUAUCUCAGCAUGUUCAAGACUUGGUUUCAGUGGAUUGAUGACUUAUUUGCAAUCCUAUCACACUAUUGGUGGAAUUAUUUGAAACCAAUUAUAAUGCUUCUUGUUGCUGCUCUGUCUCCAAUCUUUCAAAUAUUCAGGCCUCUCAAAGGAAUAAUCAAUAUUAUACCUCACCUCUGUGCUCCAUUUAUACAGCUGUUCAACAUGAUUUACUUAUUCAUCAAACCAAUCAUUACUCCAUUCAAGGCAAGCUUUGGUGUAAUUUCUCAAUACUUUGUGUUGGCUUUUACAACAGUUUUCUCUAACCUUAUGAGCAACCCUACUGUAGCCCACAUCAUCAAACGAAGCAGUGAGUUUUAUGUGGUGCAGCUCAUCCAUGAAGCUUUGCAUGGGCACCUUGAUCCUUUGAAAGCUCAAAUGGUUGUUAUCAGAGAUUUGAUCUUUAAAAGCUCAAGAAAGAUAUAUUAUGGCUUGAGAUUUAUCAUGAACAAAACCUAUUUCAUGAUACUGUUCUUCAGGCGUGAGAGACAAUAUUCCAACGAAGGUCGCAUUUUAGAGCAAAGUGCACAGAAAGAGACAAAAUUAAAGGAUGAAUGAUUGCAAGUUUUACAUUGAGUGUUAGAUCAAAAUUUGACAUGAAUUUGAAAUGUUUAAUUCUAAAUUACUGUAGAAUCUGUUUAUAAGCCACAUAAAUUUUUGAUUGUCCCAUUUUGUGGA